AUGAUUGAUCUUCAGUGUCGCAGUAUGCGUGAUAACCUGUUGUUUUUUGGUUUAGCUGAACCUGAUGGUAACAGAAAAGAAAACUGUGUGAGUAUUGUGGAUGAAUUCUGUGAGGAUUAUCUCGGAAUUAGGAACAUCGGCCAGGAUAUCGAAAGACCACAUAGGAUUGGAAGGAGGAGAUCCGGUGAAUUCAGACCAGUGGUUGUAAAAUUUUCAUCAUUCACGAUCAGAGAGAAAGUCCGCUGGAACGCUUCCAGAUUAGGAGGAACAAGAUUCGGAAUCCAAGAACAAUUCCCUAGACAAAUACAGGAACAGAGAAAGCAAUUGUAUCCUAUAUUAAAAGAUGCCAGAAAACGGGGGGAAAGGGCUACACUUGUCGUAAAUAAGCUCUACAUUGAUGGUGUUGAAUAUCGAGGACUGGAGACGCUAGAUACUUGUAUUCGGGGCACAAAGGAUGGAGACGAGGGUGCCACACAUAUGGAGGGAUAG